AUGGCUACCCCCAGUGUCCUCGCUUUAGAUGCUGAGGGUCGGGCCAUUGACUUCGACGUCUGGAUAGAUGACCUGCAGUUUUUCUUACAGUGCGAUAGGGCAGACGGUCUCUCCCUCUUUGACCUCACCUCUGGUGCCUCUACUGCCCCUGCUGCUGAUGCUAACGCCACUGUUUGCUCACAGUGGGCCACACGCGAUGUUGCUGCACGUCUUGCUGUGCGUGGCCACCUGCCUACAUCUGAUCGUGUGCUCUUUAGUCAGUACAAGAGUGCUCAGACCUUGUAUGACGAUGUAGUUGCACGCUACUCCUCCCCUGCCACCGCUGCACUGAGUCGCCUCAUGCUACCGUACCUCUUCCCUGACCUUGCUGCCUUUCCCACAGUUGCAGACCUCAUUACGCACCUCCACACUAGUGACACUCGCUACCGCGCUGCGCUUCCUGCUGAUUUCUGCGCCAAGAACCCCCCCCCCCCCAUGUAUAUCACCCUCUACUACAUAGUCACCCGGCUCCCUGACUCCCUUCGCGUAGUCAGGGACCACUUCCUCGCAGUGUGCCCCACCACUCUCACCGUUGAUCUCCUCGAGAAGGCCCUCCUAGUAGCGGAGAAGAGCAUAGUCGCUGUAGGAGCCUCUCGUGGUGACCCCCGCACCCCCGUCUUUGAGGGGUGUUCUCCCUCCCCCCUCUUUCCCUCUGUUGCUUCUGCUGCUGCGGCCGACCUCGUUGGUUUUGAGUCGGUCGGCGCUGCGUCUGCCCCUUCGGUGGAGGCGGCGGUGGAGGCGACGGAGGGGGUGGGGGUGGGAGUGGGGGUGGUGGAGGGGGUGGAGGUGCCGGUGGCAGCAGCGGAGGCGGAGGCGGCGGCGGUGGUGGCGGAGGGAGCGGAGGCGGCGGUGGUGGCGGAGGAGGCGGAGGUGGCGGUGGAGCUGGUCGCGGUUCUGCGCAGAAGAGUGGCUCCGGUGUGGGGUGGGGGUAGUGGUCCGUGCACCUACGUCCUGCGCACCGGCGACCGUGCGGGUGAGCAGUGUGGGGGUGCGCACCCCACCCAGCGCUGCUUUGGCCGCCUGACGGACGCGUGGCGUCACCAGUUCCAUGAGGCCACAGAGAUCCCUCGCUGGGGCGAGCUGUCUAGGGCGGGGGUUGCUAUUUUUGACAUUGACUUUGAUGCUAUUCUUGCUGCUAUGUAUGCUGUGACUAUCAGUGAUGAGGGUGACUGUUACCGGUGUUUUCCGCCCGACCCGGACAUUGAGACUGGUGCUCUAGGUGCUGGUGAGGCUGCUGCUCUUGGUGCUAGCGAGGCUGCUGCUCUAGGUGCUAGUGCGUCAGCUUCCUCAGGUGCUGGUGAGUCUGCUAUCUCAGGUACUGCGUCGGCUUCGGCCUCCCUCACCUUCACCCUUGACUCGGGGGCUUCUCGCUCCUUCUUUCGAGACCGCACCACACUCACGUCCCAAUGA